UGUCAUUUUACUUUGAUAACCUAGGUAUCCUCUUUCUUUUGGUCGAAACCCAUAAAAUAAGAUGAGGCGCAAACUUGUGCUCCCACACUUUCACUGGACAAAAGAGGCGAUCCCUCCCUGCGCUUACGCAGACGCACUGGCUGUCUACGCAGGACGCAAAGCGAGCAAGUGAAGGGCCGAGAUUCAGCAGACACGCACGGACCUUGAGUUGGGAGUUGAAGCAGGGACGAACAUCUCCAAAGAUUACAAAAACACAUCAACAAGCGCUUAUUGUGCAGCUGGACACUGGCUAAACAUGCCUCGGACUAUUCUAGUGGGAUUGUUCUUGGUUUGCGCGAAUAACCAACGCGGAAAAGAUGACGGGUUAUGAACUAACUAGAAGUCUCAUCUUUGGAAUUGAAUGAAGAGUCUUGUGCCACACAUAACUCGGAGUGCACCACCAAGGCCAUGACAGAGGCAGCCUUUACAUACAGAUGUGUUCUCGGUCUCUAGCUACCGGAUAAUAGCUAUCAAACUUAAGUUACAAUAGGCAUACUAGCUAUACGUUUAGUCAUGACAGCUAACUGAAAUAGCUAGCUAGCUGGCUAGCUAUAUGUUUAUUUUGGUAGCUAGCUAUCUCAGAUAGCAUAGAGCUAGCCAGUUAGCGUAGCUAGUUGACGAACAACUUGUUUAUUAGCUAGCUAACUACGCCCGAGGAGCACCUGAGCUCGCUAACGUUAGCUAAUUAGCUAGCGCACCAGGCGAGCUAGCAUUCUAGUCUGACAAUCACGUUCUAGCUAACUAGCCUAUAGGCUUUUCACUUUUUAAAUGUGCUAACUUACCAGUAACGUUAGCUAACGGUAAUAUAUACAUGGUUUUUUUUGUAACUAGUUAGCAUUACCUUACUCGACUUGGUGUAUGGUUUAGCUAGCUAGUCUUCUAUUAGCUUAGCUAGUUCAAACUCACUUUUCCACGGUGCCUGGACUGACCAACCCACAAGGACUACCCGGGGCCGAUGCUUACAGUCCACCCCGGAUCACGGCAACGUAAGGAGCCAUGCAGCCGCAGCAAAUAUACGACUUUUCAAGUGACGAGAACAGUCACAAAUGGCGAGGCCUCUUCGUGCAAGCGUUGCGAAAGGUGCAGCUGCAGGUGCACCCCAACCUGUCGGCCAAGGAGGGAGCUCUGCAGCACAUCGAGGAGUUGAUUCUGCAGCUGCUCAACAUGCUGUGUGUGGCCCAGCCCCGCUCUGUACAGGACGUGGAGGAGCGGGUCCAGAAGACCUUCCCCCACCCCAUAGAUAAAUGGGCCAUAGCUGACGCCCAGUCAGCCAUCGAGAAAAGAAAGAGGAGGAACCCCCUGCUGCUCCCCGUGGAUAAGAUACACCCCCUACUCAAGGAGGUCCUGGGGUAUAAGAUAGACUACCACGUCUGCCUCUACAUUGUGGCGGUGCUAGAAUACAUAUCAGCUGACAUCCUGAAGCUAGCAGGAAACUACGUUGGUAACAUCAGACAUUAUGAGAUCAGCCAGCAAGACAUCAAGGUGUCCAUGUGUGCAGACAAGGUCCUAAUGGACAUGUUUGACCAGGACGAGGACAUCGGUCUGGUGUCUCAGUGUACGGAGGAGCCGUCGUCGUCGGGCGAGCUGACCUAUGAUGACCUGGUGCGCCUGGAGAUCGCAGAGGAGCGCCAGUACCUCCGGGAGCUCGAUCUCAUCAUCAAGGUGUUCCGACAUCACUUCCUGUUCAACAACAAGAUCUUCACGCCUCAGGAUGUGGAGGUCAUCUUCAGCAACAUUUUGGACAUCCAUGAGUUGACGGUCAAGCUGCUGGGGCUGAUCGAGGACGCAGUGGAGAUGACCGCUGACGGGAGUCCCCAUCCUCUGGUGGGCAGCUGCUUCGAGGACCUGGCAGAGGAGCAGGCGUUUGACCCGUACGAGACCCUGUCUCAGGACAUCCUGUCCAGACAGUUCCACGAGCACUUCAGCAGCCUGAUGGCCCGGCCUACUGUAGGACUGUACUUCCAGUCCAUAGCUGAAGGCUUCAAGGAGGCUGUCCAGUACGUUCUGCCACAGCUCAUGAUGGUUCCUGUAUACCACUGUUUGCACUACUUUGAACUACUGCAGCAGCUACAGGAGCGCAGUGAGGAACAGGAUGACCGAGAGGGUCUGAAGCAGGCCAUCACCGCCCUGCUCAACCUCCAGUGUAGCGUGGAGCGCAUCUACACCAAACACCUGCCCCGACGCAAGCCCGGUGAGCCAAUGUACCGUCUGUACAGUCGCCAGGUGCGCAGCAAGCAGCUGGCCAUCAAGCGGAUGAACGAGAUCCAGAAGAGCAUCGAUGGCUGGGAGGGGAAGGACAUCGGCCAGUGCUGUUCCGAGUUCAUCCUGGAGGGGGCGCUCCUCCGUGCCGGCGCCAAACACGAGCGACACAACUUUCUGUUUGACGGCCUCAUGAUCAGCUGCAAGGCCAAUCAGAGCUCCCGACUCCCCGGUUCCGGAAGCGGGGCGGAGUUCCGUCUCAAGGAGAAGUUUGUCCUACGGAAAGUCCGCAUUGUGGACCGCGAGGACUCGGUGGAGUUAAAACAUGCCUUUGAACUUGUCGGUAAAGACGAGAACUGUGUGGUGUUCUGCGCUCGCUCGGCGGAGGAGAAGGGGGCGUGGAUGGCGGCGCUGGUGACCCUGCAGUACCGCUCCACGUUGGACCGUAUGCUAGACACUGUGCUACAACACGAGGAGCAGGCCCAGCCCCUCCGCCUGCCCUCGCCAGAGCUAUACCGCUUCGCUGUGCACGACUCGGAGGAGAACAUCGUGUUUGAGGACCGCGUCCAGAGCAAGACGGGGAUACCUAUUAUUAAGGCUGGGACGGUGGUCAAACUAAUAGAGAGGCUCACAUACCACAUGUACGCUGAUCCCAACUUUGUGCGCACCUUUCUGACCACCUACCGGUCAUUCUGCAAACCCCAGGAGCUCCUGGGACUGUUGAUAGACAGGAUUGAGAUCCCCGAGCCAGAGCCCACAGAGGCAGACAAACAGGCUCUAUGGAAUGGGGAUCAGCCAAUGGCUGCUGAGCUACAGAGGUUCCGCAGGGAGUACGUACAACCUGUCCAACUCAGGGUUCUGAAUGUGUUCCGUCAGUGGGUGGAACAUCAUUUCUAUGACUUUGAGAACGACCCCGAGCUACGAGGCAAACUGGAGGAGUACAUCAGCAGCAUUAUACAGCUCCGAGGCAAGUCGAUGAGGAAGUGGGUUGAGUCCAUUAACAAGAUCAUCAAGAGGAAGAUGCAGACUCAGUCCAACGGGGUCAGCCACAACAUCACCUUCGAGAGCCCGCCCCCGCCCAUCGAGUGGCACAUCAGCCGCCUGGGCCAGACGGACACCUUUGACCUCAUGACCCUUCACCCCAUAGAGAUCGCCCGCCAGCUCACCCUGCUUGAGUCUGAACUCUACAGGGCUGUGAGGCCGUCUGAGCUGGUGGGGAGUGUGUGGACCAAAGAAGACAAGGAGAACAACUCUCCCAACCUGCUAAGGAUGAUCCGCCACACCACCAACCUCACGCUGUGGUUCGAGAAGUGUAUUGUGGAAGCAGAGAACCUGGAUGAGAGGGUAGCAGUGUUCUCGCGGGUCAUUGAGAUCCUGCAGGUGUUUCAGGAGCUCAACAACUUCAAUGGCGUUCUGGAGGUGGUCUCUGCCAUCAACUCUGUCCCCGUCUACCGGCUCGACCACACCUUCGAGGCGGUCCCUGAGAGGAAAAAGCGGAUCCUAGAGGAAGCAGUGGAACUGAGCCAGGACCAUUUCAAGAAGUACCUGGCCAAGCUCAAGUCCAUCAACCCACCCUGUGUGCCUUUCUUCGGUAUCUACCUGACCAACAUCCUGAAGACGGAGGAGGGGAACCCCGACUUCCUGAAGAGACACGGCAAAGAGCUGAUCAACUUCAGUAAGAGAAGGAAAGUAGCAGAAAUCACAGGAGAGAUACAGCAGUACCAGAACCAGCCUUACUGUCUCAAGGUCCAGCAGGACAUCAAGGUAAUCAACCAGCCUUACUGUCUCAAGGUCCAGCAGGACAUCAAGAGGUUUUUUGAGAACCUGAACCCGAUGGGCAGUCUGGGUGAGAAGGAGUUCUCGGACUAUCUGUUCAACAAGUCUCAGGAGAUCGAACCUCGCAACUGCAAGCAGCCGCCACGAUUCCCCAGGAAGACCAUGUACCCCCUGAAGUCCCCGGGGAUCCGGCCGGUGCGUACCUCUACAUCCGGGACCCUGAAGGGCCACCCCGUACCCCUGGAGAGAGAGCCCCCGCACAAGAUCACCUUCAGGAGCAUCGCUGAGACGGAGCAUGAGACCUCCACAGCCUCAGUCCCCACCUCGCCCAACACCCCCACGCGCCCACAGUCUGCUUGCUCAGACCUCAGCUCUGUCUUCAUGGGGGAAGACCUCUGCAGCUCCUACGGUGGCUUGCCUUCUCUAUGUGGACAUUUUAUGUCAGGUGGAAACUCCAUAUUCACUUCUGUUCUCCUCCCACCCUCAAAGUUCCACUCAGUAUCUUGUGGAAGCCUUCACCAGCUAGGGGAGGAGUUACUCAAACCUCCCCCACUUCCCCCUCGCAGGAAGGAUGCGUUCUCUGAGGCCAAGUUGAGUUCCAGGUCCGACAGCCCCCCGGCCAUCCCCCCCAGGCUGCCCCCUCCUCUCCCAAGGGUCCAGCCCCGCGCCCCGGUCUACAACGGCCCCGGCGAUGGCCCCCUCCCCAGCCCACCACCACCACCUCCCCGGGACCCCCAGCCAGACACCCCUCCCCCCGUCCCCCAGAAACCACCAGAGAUCUUCAUUAACUACCCGCUGAACCUCCAACCCUCCCCCGUCAGCCGCUUCCACUGGGAUUUUGGCAGUUCCCCCUCCUCCCCUGGAACGCCCCCGGGUACCCCCUCGCCCCGCGUCCCCCGACGGAGCUGCCCGCUCAGCGCCAGCCAGAACAGUCUCUGCCCGCCCCCCCCGCCCAUCAUGGCCCCACCCGUACCUCCCCGCCACAACUCCUCCUCCCAGCUCCCCAAACUUCCCCCAAAGACCUACAAGAGGGAGCUGUUGCCGCCCCCUUUACAGAGCCUCUCAUUGGUGGAGAGCACGGAGGGUAGCCAAUGAGGAGCCUCCUUGCUUCUUUUUGUUGUUUUUCUUGUCAUCCAUCAUGGCUGCUGCUCCACAUAAUACAAACUGCAUCAAACUAUGAACUCAUGACAUGGAGCGAAUUUAAAACAAAACUAAUCAUGAUUUAAAAGCUACUGAUCGUCAAGAAGACUUGCUUUUUAGUUUCCAACCACACUCCAAACCCCUCCCACUCAUCUCCUACAUUGACCAAUCACACCACGCCACUCCCUCUCAGGGUAUCAGUAGCCCCCCACCUUCAUUUCAAGCCCUCUGGGCCAAUGAGAAAUCCACACCAGUGUGCCAGCCAAUGAACAAGGAGCCCUCAAGACACUGAUUCAAACUCCUCCUCCUCCUGCUCUGCGUGUGCGCAGUGCACGUCACACACCUGCACACAACACUGACACUGUCACUUUCUUCAUAUAGACAUCCCGCUCUGUAAGGAGCGUGGACAGGACCAGCAUGCCAUGCUCCAGAAGAAGCUGUCCUACCC